AUGCCCGCCCUUGUCGUCCGCGACCAAGGCUACCAGCCCGUUCUUCCUAGGCUCUUGGCCCCUAUGGACGACUUCCUGCGUCCCGCCUAUUGUUUCCUUUACCGGCCUUAUCCCAAGGUCGCCGGCCUGCUCCGUCAUGACGUUAUGCUCUAUCCCCCAGGCUCCGACCGGGACAACGUCUUUAUUGUCGUCCCGGAUUCUUGGACAUUUCUCGACAAGGCCGCCGCCGCCGUCACCCCAAUGACACCACUUCUCUCUACACCACAGAGGCAGCAGGCGUCCUCCCCUUCCGCGGCCUUUCAGGACAUGCGCGCUGCCUCUUUGUCUUUGGCCACCCCUGGCACCCUCCCGCUCAGCCCUCCACCUUUGGCUUCGGCUUCGCCUCGACCGGCCCCUUGGGCCGCCCGGGAAGCGAUGUUGCCCCGAGCCUGCCGAUACGCCGACGAAACGACCGCGGCUGCUGCAUAA